UUGAAGUAGUUUUGUUCAACCACUGACCUGUUUAAAGUGUCAGUCUUUUCAUUGGCUUUGAGGCGUAUUGAACGUGUUCGAUCGAUCUCGUAUAUAGUAGUGGGUUUGUUUACAACAAAAACUAUUCAGUUUAAAGAAGAAAAUAACAAAACGCGGGUCGUUUAAUUUUUAUUUGAAUUUCUAAAGAAAAGAAGAUUUGAAGAACCGUUCUUCAAAUUUUAACUGUGUGUUUGUGUAACAUAUUUUUUUUCCUUUCGUAAAAAAGCUCCUUACCUAAAUCUAUAAAAUGGCCACUGAUGCUCUAUACAAUCGCACCGGUCCUAAUCGCCUAAAGCAAAGUGAUGUUUACAGGACUACCGAUGUUACACAAGCCGUCAAAAUUCGCAUGUCUAAGGAUGGUUUGGGUGCUGAAGAACCCAUUUCCAUUCCCGGUUUGUUAAAGCGUUCGGUUAACAAUUAUCCCGACUACCCAGCCUUGAAAACCAAGAAGGGCAAAGGCGAAUAUACCACAGUUACCUACAGACAAUAUGAACAAAAUGUUCAUCAAACCGCUAAAGCUUUCAUCAAAUUGGGCAUGAGUGCCCGCAGUUCUGUGGGUGUUUUGGCCUUUAAUUGUGCCGAAUGGUUUUAUUCGGCUAUGGGUGCCAUCCAUGCUGGUGGUGUUAUUGCCGGUAUUUAUAAAAACUCUGCAGAUGCUGUUUUGCAUGUUUUGGAAAAUUCACAUGCUGAAAUUGUAGUCGUUGACGAUGCCAAACAAAUGGAGAAGAUACAUGCCAUCAAAGAUAAAUUGCCAAAUUUAAAGGCAGCCAUUCAAAUCCAGGAACCUUAUGCUCCCUUCAUGAAGAAGGAAGAUGGUUAUUACAGAUGGUCUGAAAUUGAAAAUAUGAAUGUUUCAGAUGUUGAAGAUGAAUACAAAAAGCGUUUGGAAAAUAUUGCCAUCAAUGAAUGCUGCUGCUUAGUCUAUACUUCUGGCACAGUUGGUAUGCCAAAGGGUGUGAUGCUCAGUCAUGAUAACAUUACAUUCGAUGUUCGUGCCAUUACAAAAUCUUUGGAACGUGUUGUUGCUGGUUCAGAGGUUUUGGUCUCCUACUUGCCAUUGUCUCAUGUUGCCGCCCAGACUGUCGAUAUUUAUACAAUGACUGCUGUAGCCGGUUGCGUUUAUUUUGCCGAUAAAGAUGCUUUGAAAGGUACUUUGGUGAAAUCAUUACAAGAUGCUCGUCCAACAAGAUUUAUGGGUGUACCACGUGUCUAUGAGAAGUUCCAGGAACGUAUGGUUGCUGUUGCCUCCACUAGUGGUAGUUUUAAAAAAAUGAUUGCCAGCUGGGCCAAGGGUGUUACACUCAAACAUUAUAUGGAGAGCCAAGGCAAAAAUGGUGGAUUCCGCUACAAGCUUGCCAAAAAUUUGAUCAUGUCUAAGGUUAAACAGGCCUUGGGUUUGGAUCGUGUAGUUACUUUGGUUAGUGCUGGCCCUAUGUCUCCCGAAACUAAAUAUUUCUUGAGUUUAGAUCUGAAGAUCUUGGAUGCCUUUGGUAUGUCUGAAACAGCUGGUUGCCAUUCUUUGUGUUUGCCCGAUACCAUGCAAUUGACCUCGAUUGGCAAGACUUUGGGUGGUUGCGAGACCAAGAUUAUUAAAGAUGAAAACGGUCAUGGCGAGAUUUGCAUUCGUGGUCGUCAUGUUUUCAUGGGCUACAUUGACAACAAAGAAAAAACGGAAGGCUUGGAUGAUGAAUGCUGGUUACAUUCCGGUGAUGUUGGUUAUGUCGAUGACAAGGGUUAUGUUUACAUAACAGGCAGAUCUAAGGAAAUUAUUAUUACAGCUGGCGGUGAAAAUAUUCCACCAGUACACAUUGAAAAUUUGAUUAAAAAGGAAUGUGACGCCAUUUCCAAUGCCUUCCUUAUCGGAGAACAGCGUAAAUAUUUGACCGUGCUGAUAUCCCUUAAAACUGAAAUGGACAAAGAUACAGGUGCUCCUUGAGAACUCAGUCACGAAUCUUUGGUUUUGAUGAAAUCCUUAGGUGUUAACCACAAAACUUUAACAGAAGUUUUGAAUGCUGGCCCCUGUCCAAAGGUUUUCAAGGCCAUUGAGGAUGCCAUUAAGCGUGCCAACAAACAUUCCAUUUCUAAUGCCCAAAAAGUGCAAAAGUUCACCAUCUUGCCUCAUGAUUUCUCCAUACCCACCGGUGAAUUGGGUCCCACUUUGAAGGUGAAACGUAAUGUGGUCAAUAAGCAGUACGCCGAUAUGGUGGAGAAAAUGUAUGCUUAAAUUCUUAAUUAAUUAAACACUAUGAAAAUAUUUUAUUCUAAAAAUAUUUUCCUUAAUGAAAAACAUAAAAUUUCUAAUAAGAAAUUUGUUAGUGCCUGAAGUCAUAAUUAAAAUUCUGCAUAAUUUAUUAAAUUUUACUUAAUUGGACCAACAAUAUUUGUUAAAUAUUACUUAAUGAAUUUAUUUGAUUGUUAUAUUUAAUAUUGUUAUUUAAUUAGUUGUUAAACUUGAAGUUAAACAUUGAAUUAAAAAAAGACAAUAAAUAUUUAGUGCGAGAGUUUUUAACUACUUAAACUGAUUUUAUCCUAGUUACGAUAAUAAUGAUUCCCUUAGCCAUGAAGACAUGUAAA